GAGCGCCGGGCUCCCACCUCCCCGGGGACCCUCCCCGGGGCAGCAGCCCCAGCCCGGCCCCGGGCGCCCGCCUCGCCCCGCCGUACCCGCCGCCAGCCCCGGAGAGGGUUCCCGGAAGGGAAAGCCAAGAAUUUCCGGGAGGACGCCGGGCGGCCGCGCACGGAGGAGAGGGAAGGGACCGGCCGGGCCGGGAGCGGGGCCAUGAACGGCUCGGCGAACUCGUUGCUGGACAAGGAGGAGCACCCGCUGCAGCUGGGCGAGAGCUUCGAGCGGCGGCCCAAGGCCUCCUUCCACACCAUCCGCUAUGAUUUUAAGCCAGCAUCGAUUGAUACGUCUUGUGAGGGGGAUCUCCAAGUGGGUAAAGGAGAUGAUGUUACCAUCACUUUGCCACAUAUUCCAGGUUCAACUCCACCAAUGACUGUCUUUAAAGGAAAUAAAAGGCCGUAUCAGAAGGACUGUGUGCUUAUUAUCAAUCAUGACACUGGGGAAUAUGUGCUGGAAAAACUUAGUAGCAGCAUUCAAGUCAAGAAAACAAGAGCAGAGGGCAGCAGUAAGAUCCAAGCCCGAAUAGAGCAACAGUCUGCCCGAGCAUCUCAGCCUCCUUCACAGUUCAGAGCCCCAACCAAGCCAGCAGUUGGACCUAAAACUUCUCCUUUGAAGGAUAAUCCUUCACCAGAGCCCCAGCUGGACGAUAUUAAGAGAGAACUGAGAGCAGAGGUUGAAAUUAUUGAGCAGAUGAGCAGCAGCAGUGGAAGCAGCUCAUCGGAUUCAGAGAGCUCAUCUGGGAGUGAAGAUGAAAGCUCCAGCAGCGAGGGGGAAGAGCCAGCACAUGUUUCCCCUUCCCAGCCACCACACCAGCAGUACAACAACAGGAAUGCUGUUGCUAAUGGCACCAGCAGGCCACAAGGAAGCAAUCAGCUCAUGAACACGCUCCGAAAUGACUUGCAGUUGAGUGAGUCUGGGAGCGACAGUGAUGACUAGAGGCUGAGCUUUUGCUGUUUCUGUUACAUAUACAUGAAGAACUAAUUUACCUUGAAGUGAUCCUAUUGCUUAUGAAGAGGAGCUGGCACAGAGAUGGUUCCAUGUGUGGAAUUUUAAUAGAAGAAAUGCAUAGCCCUACAAAAUAGCAGAUGUCGAGGACUGUUUUACUGUGUGAAUUACGUGUAUAUAUUGUGUAUAUUCUUAUUCUGCUAAAGCUUUGAGUACAUAUGUACAGUGGGUGAGCCAAUGUAUGUUCCUGUCCACCAUCUGUAAGUUUAACAUGUAAUUAUGUGAGGUCAUCCAAAAAUCUCUUGUUUGUAGGGUAUGUUCAGCGCAUCAUGACUUUGUCAGGGGACUUUUGUAUAUAGGGUGAGCAUGUGCCUACAAUGAGUUUAAAAAAACAUCCAGGAGCUAGUGUGUGCACUGAAGUGGGACUGCCAUAAAUUAGGUUUCAAUACUAAAUUGAUUUCUUUGGUUUGGGACUUUUUUAAUGCCUUUUUAUUGCUGUUUAUAGUUGAUUUAAUAGACUGACUUUUAAACAGUUGGACAAUAGGAAUGAUUAAACCAUGUUUGUCACAAACCUUGCUGCAUCAGUGCCUUAUAAGCAGGUUUUUUAAAUAGUGCUUCAGUUCCUGCCACCUUCCCUGUAUGGAGCAAUACUGAAACCUCAGAUUGCUUCUGCAAACAAGAGCUGUGUGUCACAUACAGCCUGCUGUGCUCUGAGGGCAGUGACUCUAGCAAAAUGAAGGAUACACAUCAAUCACCUAAACUCAUCCGAGUAGGAAUCAGAUAAUCAUUCUCUUUAGAAACUGAAGGGUCUCAUUUAACUCAGACUUUCAGACCUAGUCUUCAGAAAUACUUACAAUCCCAUCUACUAGUGACGUUGCAAUGCCACAAAUGCAAAAUAUUUGACUUACUGAAAUUCUAAGACUGGAGCCCUCUUUGCAGUUUCCUAGAGAGUGCAAAAAGAGGUGACAAAACAAGUAGCCAUGAAACAGCAGAAGUCUCUCUCCCACCACAGUUGUAAAGGUAGACUUUAGUCCAUACUGUUCAUUGGACGAGACCUCUUUGUGCUUGACAGGAGUACACAGAACAUGAAAUAUUUGCCAAGGGUGAAAUUCACCCCUGUUUAAAGGGUGUUUAAAGGGUGCUUAGUUGGAUUAUUAUUAACUUUUUUGCUCACAUGGAAAAUGAGUGCCAUAGGCAGCCUCUUGUGACUUUUUAAAAUCAAAAUUCUGCUGACAUAGGACAAGUUGCACCUUAGUUGUGGUGUAAUCCUGAGGAAUGGGAAGCUGAAUCAGAUGCCUUUCCAUUCUCAGGUCUCUGCUUUGCACUGCUCUCAUCUGUCAGUUUGUGUUUUAACUCCUGUUUGUUUACUGAGCUCUGUCCUUUUUUUUAACAUGUUAAAGAGCAAGGGGACAUUUGAAGGGAGAUUUUAUUAAAUGGUUUAUUUUUUUGCAUUAGAUACAUAUUUAGGCAUAUUUUUGCAUUAUUGUACAUACAUUAAAAAUACUUGCUUUUUUUUAAAGUGUUUUGUGAUGUAGGUAUGUAUUUUAAUGGACAAUUAUGAAAUAUACUUGAUGAAAAGCCACAA